CUUCUCCUGACGCUCCCUUUUUUCUUCUCCUCCCACCCCACCAAGCUUUCUUAUAAAACUUUUUGCUCUUCUCCUACCAGUAGAGCUUGACCUCCCUUAGUCUCCGAUCGUUCGUGGCUUACAUACUCCUACCUCCUCAGGUAUGCGAUGCACUGCACCUCGCCGAUCCUCAUCCAGCUCCAUCCCAAGUACUAACCCUCCUCCCCCGAUAGUAACCGAUGCCUCACGCAGAGCCAAAAAAGAUGGGUGAAAACGUUGUCAACGGCGAGAAGGUCCACUCGCACUUCCUUGAUCACCUCACAUCCUACCCCGUCGUCUCCGACUCCAUCUCCGUCUUCAAGAGCAACAAGUACGGCGCCAAGUCCAUAGAGUACGCCGACCAGAGCUAUGACCGCAUCGCGAAGCCCUUCCUGCCCUACCUCUCCAAACCCUACGGCUACAUCGCCCCCUACCUGGCCCGCGCAGACUCUCUCGGCGACCAAGGACUGUCUCAGAUCGACUCGCGAUUCCCUUUCAUCAAGGAGGACACCGAGAAGCUCCGGGGCACCAUCUACGACAACGCCACCUAUCCCGUACGACUCGUAGGCGAUGCCAAGGCCCACGUAUUCGACACCUACGGAUCUGAGUACAAGAAGUGUGGCGGCGACGGUGUGGUGGCCAGCGGCAAGGCGCUGAUCACAACCAGCUUGGUCCUGUCGCAGGAGUCGCUGGGCUUCCUCAGCUCCUUGCUGCAGGCCAAGAAGGAGCAAGUGAAGGACGUGGUCAACGACAAGAUCGACAAGGCCAACAACUAGAGAUGGGUGGUGUUUAAUUUUCAAUGGAGGAUUCUUUGUCUAGCAGGCUUUCAUGUUUAAUUUCUGUUUCUAGAAGGGUGUCUUGAUCUUUUUUCUGCGCAGCUAUUUGUUGUACUCAUUUCUCUUUCUAAAAAGCCGGAGUCCUGUCUCAUGGCCACCGGUUCUUUGAUACACUACUCGACCUCUAUGAUAUCAAUACCCAAUUGAAUCUCACCUCGAACCAAACAGUAACUACUCCACUAGCACAAACCAACCAAUAUUAUAUCCCUCAGU